UCGCCGCCAUACCUCAUACCUGUGUCCUUAUCACUGCCAUACCAGUGUCCUUAUCACCGCCAUACCAGUGUCCUGAUCACCGCCCAUACCCCAUACCAGUGUCCUGAUCACCGCCAUACCCCAUACCAGUGUCCUGAUCACCGCCAUACCCCAUACCAGCGUCCUGAUCACCGCCAUACCCCAUACCAGUGUCCUGAUCACCGCCAUACCCCAUACCAGCGUCCUGAUCACCGCCAUACCCCAUACCAGCGUCCUGAUCACCGCCAUACCCCAUACCAGCGUCCUGAUCACCGCCAUACCCCAUACCAGCAUCCUGAUCACCGCCAUACCCCAUACCAGCGUCCUGAUCACCGCCAUACCCCAUACCAGCGUCCUGAUCACCGCCAUACCCCAUACCAGCGUCCUGAUCACCGCCAUACCCCAUACCCAGCGUCCUGAUCACCGCCAUACUCCAUACCAGCGCCCUGAACACUGCCAUACGUCAUAGCCAGCGUCCUGACUAAAUAUAUAAUAUAC